AUGGCGGAUGAUAAUGUCGGCCAAUCUUUCGCAGAAGAGGAGAUGCCAGUGGUGUCCCUCAUUGAGGGACGGUCAAAACGAAGCACAGCGGGGCGCCACAUGUCUGCCCUUCUCAAUGCCGAAGCCGAUGAUGACCUUGCUCUUCUAUUUGAGGAAGUCGACGAUGAUAACGAGUUCUCUGUCAAUGCAGAGGAGGAAGGGGGCGAGGAAGAUGAUAUGGGCCUAGACUCAUCUUCGGACGAGGAGGACCAAGGGCCCAAUGCUCGGUCUGAUGACUACGAAGGGGAAACGCAAAUACAAAAGGAAGAGAAGGCAGAAAAGAAGAAGCGAAGGGCCCAGCAAGAUCUUCGAUUCAAAAUAACAAGCAAAAAGGUUAAGAUAGAUCCCACCGCCGUGUCCGCAGUACCUGCCCCCCCUCGACCAAAGAAGAAGUCGGAGCGUAUUUCAUGGAUUCCUACGCCCGAGGAGGGGCCCACGCGAUCAUCCUCACGUCGCCAAACGAUGCAGAACAAGGAGCUUACUCACGCACGACUUAAGGAUAGUGAGGAGAAGCGCAUUCGACUCAUAGCGACUAUGGAGGAAGCGGCGAAAAGAAAGGCGCACUUGAAGCCCAAAGAAAUGACACAGGCCGAGCGCCUUGCCGAAGCUGAAAGGGUUGAAAGACAGAAUAGCAAGAGCCUCAACCGAUGGGAGGAGAUGGAAAGGAGAAAAGCGGAAGAAAGAAAAGCCAAAAUCGAGGCCCUUCAAAACCGUCGUCUCGAAGGCCCUGUUACGUCUUACUGGAGUGGCGUAGCUACCUGGGUUGAUGGUCGCUUGACGCGCCUCGGCAAGGUCGACAUUACACCCAAGCUUGAAAAGGAGGAUAAUACGCGUAAGAAAAAGAUCUCUUCGUCACUCUGCGUCAUUACAUCCCUUCCGUCGCGCUAUCGGGACCCCGAAACGGCCCUUCCUUUUGCGAAUGCAUACGCGUACAAUGAAAUCCGGAACACCGUCGCUCAGAAGUACGCUUGGAGCACUAUGCUCGGAUGUUACUCUCGGCGAAACCUCGCAGCCUAG